CCCGGAGCCGACACCGGGAGCCGGGGCCUGUGAGCCCUGUCAGUUCGCCCUUGCUCAGAGGCUGCUUCCUGGAGCCGGAAGGAGCUGCUAGGCGAGGCUUGCGCUGGGGUCGCGAAGCACGGAGCCCGGUGGGCGCGAUGCGGCUGGGCUCCGGGACCUUCGCCGCCUGCUGCGUAGUGGUCGAGGUGCUCGGGGUCGUACUCUUCCUUCGGGGAUUCUUCCCGGCUCCGGUUCGGUCCUCUUCUAGCUCGAAGCACCAAGCAGAGCCCCCAGCGCCCGAACCCUCGGCUGGAGCCAGUUCCAACUGGACCAAGCUCCCACCACCUCUCUUCAGUAAAGUUGUUAUUGUGCUGAUAGACGCCUUGAGAGAUGAUUUUGUCUUUGGCUCAAAGGGUGUGAAAUUUAUGCCCUAUACAACUUAUCUGGUGGAAAAAGGAGCAUCGCACAGUUUUGUGGCUGAAGCAAAGCCACCUACAGUUACUAUGCCUCGAAUCAAGGCGUUGAUGACAGGGAGUGUCCCUGGCUUCAUUGAUGUCGUCAUGAACCUCAAUUCUCCUGCACUGCUGGAAGACAACGUGAUCACACAGGCAAAAGCAGCUGGGAAAAGAAUCAUCUCUUAUGGAGAUGAAACAUGGGUGAAGUUAUUCCCCAAGCAUUUUGUGGAAUAUGAUGGAACAACCUCAUUUUUUGUGUCAGAUUAUACAGAGGUGGAUGAGAAUGUUACGAGGCAUUUGGAUAAAGUAUUAAAAAGAGGGGAUUGGGAUGUGUUAAUCCUCCACUACCUUGGACUGGACCACAUUGGCCACGUUUCUGGGCCCAGCAGCCCCCUGAUCGGGCGCAAGCUCAGCGAGAUGGACGGCGUCCUAAUGAAGAUCCACACCGCGCUGCUGUCAGAGGAGAGAGAGACUCUCUUACCCAGUUUGCUGGUUCUCUGUGGCGAUCAUGGCAUGUCUGAGACCGGAGGCCACGGGGCCUCUUCCACAGAGGAAGUGAGCACCCCUUUGCUCCUGGUCAGCUCUGCAUUCGAAAGGAAACCUGGACCCCACUCCCGUCAUCUUUUAUUUUACCAUGAUUUAUUUGCUGAAGAAACUUGGUUGUGUGUCCUGUGGAGUCUCUCUGCAUUGUCUGCUGACGUGUUCUUUGUCCAUCCUGUAAAUCCCGUCUGGCCUGCACGAGGGAGCAGAUUCAGAUCCUGUUGGCUUGGUGAUAUCAGACAUCCAAAGCACGUUCAGCAGACUGACUUGGCUGCAACACUAGCAAUAGGGCUUGGUCUGCCAAUUCCAAAAAACAGUGUAGGCCAUCUCUUAUUCCCAGCCAUAGAAGGGAAACCAAUGCGAGAACAACUGAGGUUUUUACAUUUAAAUACAGUACAGCUUACCAAAUUGUUGCAAGAGAAUGUACCAUCAUAUGAAAAAGAGCCUGGAUUUGAGCAGUUUAAAAUCUCAGAGAGGUUGCAUGGGAACUGGAUCAGACUGUACUUGGAGGAAAAUAACUCAGAAGUCCUUUUCAACCUGGGAACCAAGGUGCGCAGGCAGUACUUGGAUGCCCUGAAGACGCUAAGCCUGUCCCUGAGCAGACAAGUGGCUCAGUACGAUGUCUACUCGAUGGUGGUGGGGACUGUCGUGGUUUUGGAGGUUCUCACCCUGCUCCUGCUCAGCAUCCCGCAGGCACUGAGCAGCAAGGCUGAACUGGAAGUUCCUCUCUUGUCACCUGUGUUUUCUCUGCUCUUUUAUUUGACGUUCCUGGUUCUUUCAGCCGUUCACGUCAUCGUGUGCACCUCAACCGAGAGUUCGUGCUAUCUCUGCAGCCUCUCGUGGCUGACAGCAGGCGGAGUGAUGGUGCUGGUUUCUGCACUGCUCUGCGCAGUUGUGUCUGCUCUCACCAAGGUGCUUGUCAGGGGAAAGCUUCUGAGUAAGAAUGCAGCUCAUUCCAACUCAAGGUGGUCAGAGUUAGAUCUCCUUAUCUUGUUAGGGACCCUGGGCCACGUCUUGAGUCUGGGAGCAAGCAGCUUCAUUGAAGAGGAGCACCAGACCUGGUACUUCCUUGUUAGCACCCUGUGUCUAGCUCUGUGUCACGACAUCUACAGAAACUACCUCCCGGGAGAUGACUGUGAGCCACAGCGCUGCCUCCACGUGGAGGGAGGAUUUGAUGGUGCCACACCAGCUUUGCAGGACAAGAACACCAGCAGUGCCGUACUGGAGCUCAACAGAGGAUGCAAGAGCCCCUCUUCCCUGGGCACACUCAGAGGCUAUGAGAAGUGGAUGGUGCUGGCAAGCCCAUGGGUCAUACUCACCUGCUGCCGACUGCUGCGAUCACUAAACCAAACAGGUGUGCAGUGGGCCCACCGGCCUGACCUGGGGCACUGGCUCACCAGCUCUGAUCAUAAGGCUGCACUCUCUGUUCUGGCUGCCCUCUCCCUCGCUGUCAUUUUUGCAUUGAUUCAGAGGAGGUGCUCCCCAGCAUCCAAAGUGGCCAUGGCGCUUGGCCUGCUGGGCGUCUAUUGCUACAGGGCGGCCAUUGGAAAUGUGCUGUUUCCCUGGCAGCAAGACAACAAAGACAUUUCAAAGGGUAUUCUUGAAGCCCGUUUUGUUUAUGUCUUUGUCCUCGGCAUUCUGUUCACGGGCACCAAAGACUUGCUUAAAUCUCAAGUUGUUGCUGCAGGCUUCACAGUCAAGACUGUCGGUCUGUGGGAGCUGUACAGUGGAUUUGUGCUCCUGGCAGCAUUGCUCCUUAGACCACACAACCUCCCUGUCUUAGUGCUGAGCCUCUUGAUUCAGACUCUGAUGGCGAAGUUCGUCUGGAAGCCCCUGAGGCAUGAUGUGGCCGAGGUCACUGUGAUGCAUUACUGGUUUGGCCAAGCGUUCUUCUAUUUUCAGGGAAACUCCAACAACAUCGCCACAGUGGACAUCUCGGCGGGCUUUGUGGGCCUGGACACCUACGUGGAGAUCCCAGCCAUAUUCCUGACAGCAUUUGCAACGUACACGGGACCUGUGCUGUGGGCCAGCCACUUGGUGAGCUUCCUGAGCUCAGAGGCCAGCAGCAGUUCAGCACUGAGUCAUGCCGGCUUCUGCUACGCGCUGAUCGGUUCUUUUCCAGUUUCUGCAUAUAUCAUUUUGGUGACAUCCCUGCGGUAUCAUUUAUUUAUAUGGAGUGUUUUUUCUCCAAAACUUCUCUAUGAGGGAAUGCAUCUGCUCAUCACGGCUGCUGUUUGCGUGUUCUUUACAGCCAUGGACCAGACCAACACCAAGUCUUAGACUGUGCUAUUAAGACCCUGGAAAAAUAACAUUUUUGAAGUCUACUAUUUACUUCAUAGAUUUACAUGCAAGAGCACUCUUAAAAAAAAAAGAUGUGAAUUUUACAAGGUUAAUGAAUAGCUUUAAUUUCUUUGACUACUGUACUUGAAUUUAGAUUAAAUAGUAAAUGGUUUAAUACAAGUUCACUUUAAAAUACUUAGUUCGAAUAUGAAUUGUAUUACUCUGUUGACAAUCACUCCAGAAACUUCUGAACUUUUAAUUUCCUCGGGAUUAGUUAUAUGAUCCAAAUGUGUGCAUUUAAGUGGAUGAAUAAAAAGGUCCAAAUCUGU